ACAGUGCAGCAGCAGCAGCAGCAGCAGCAGCAGCAGCAGCAGACACAGGAGCAGGAAUUGCUGCUGCUGCUGCUGCUGCUGCGAUUGCUGGUACAGCGGAUUGCAGGGAGGCUCUUGCUUCUGCGCUGGAUGAGCUGCCGCAGCUGCUGCAGCAGGCUGAAGGCGCUUUUGCUGCAGCAGCAGCAGGGCCACCACGUGCAGCUACGCCCAAGCAGCAGCAGCAGCAGCAGCAGCAGCAGCUGCAGCAAGCUGCUGUAGACCUUGCAGCAGCAGUGCUGCGGCAAAUUGCGGCUGUUGCUUUCUUUUUGGACUGCGUGCUGCCCCCUCCAAUUUUGCAGCAAGUGUUCCCAUAUCUUGGCAAGGACGCACCACAGCAGCUGCAGCAGCAGCAGCAGCAGCAAGGACGGAAGCAGGGGGAUCCGGAGAAAGCAACAGCUGAUGAAGAGCCUGCAGCGACAGCAGCAGCAGCAGCAGCUUCUGCUGCUGAAUCCGCCGUAGAGCCGUCGCCAACUGUUGGAGUUUCUUCCGAGCCGCAUCAGCAGCAUCAGCAGAAGCAACAGCAGCAGCAGCAGCAACUGCAGCAACAACAGCAACAGCAGCAGCGACCACAGCAGCAGCAGCAACAGCAGCAGCAACAGCAGCAGCAGCAGGGGCGGGAAGAACCGAGGGGCAACCUAUGCUUCGAUAGGAACCAGCACCCGCUGCAGCAGGCCCUCCAGUGCAAAGACCAGCAGCAGCAGCAGCAGCAGCAGCCGCAGCAGCGGCCACAGCAAGAGCAGCAACAGCAGCAACAGCAGCAGCAGCAGCCGGUCUGCGUCUGCUGCUCUGCGGAAGCUCGCCAGGUGCAGGAUUUGGUGCAGCAGUUGGAGCAGCAGGAAGCUGCUGCAGGGCUAGCAGCAGCAACGGCAGCAGCAGCAGCAGAGAAGCAGCGAGCAGCAGAAGAAGAUGGCUCCUUGUCAGAUGAUGAAACAGCAGUUUCUGUUCUGCUGCUGCAGCGGGAGGCGCAGUCUGCUGCUGCUAACUUGCUGUACGUGCAGCAGAUGCUGCAGCAAGAGCAGCAGCGGCUGCAGCUCCUGUUGAAAGAUUGCUGCUGCGCUGCUUCUGCAGCAGCAGCAGAAGCAGAAGCUGCAGCAGAAGCUGCACCCACCUCAGUCACACCAGCAGCAGCAACAAUUGACGCAACACUUAGUGGAAAUGCAGAAGCGACGCUAACACCGCCAGCAGCAGCAGUAGCAGCAGCAUCAAGUGCAGCAGCAGCAGCACCAACUGCAGCAGCAGCAGCAAUGGAAGCAGCGCCAGCGGCAGUAGCAGCAGCAGAAGGAGCAGCAACAGCAGCAGAAGGGGGAACAGAGAUAGAAAUUACUGAGCCACUCGACGAUGGUCAGGCAGCAGCACCAAGAGAAGCAGCAGCACCAGCUGCUGCUGCUGAUAGUGCUGCUGCUGCUGCUGCUGGUGCACACGCCGUCGCUCUGCAGGACACAAGCCAGUUGCAGGAGCAGCAGCAGCAGCAGCAGAAGCUGCAGCCGCUGCUGCCUCCAGUGUACCACCCAGGGCACGCAGAUGGCUCAGCAGCUGCAAGCAGCAGCAGCAGCAACAGCAGCAGCAGCAAGAGCUCCUCGAAGAGGCGACGCAUAGACGUAUCUCCGCCGGUUAGCGAACCAGACGAAAGUCCAGCAGCAGCAGCAGCAACGCUAGCAACAGCAGCAGCAGUAAUGCCAGCAGCAGCAGCGGCAGCAACGCCGCAGGCAGCAGCAGCAGCAGCAGCAGAUGACCGGCCAGAAGAGCUUCGCCAAAGCAGCGGGAAAAGGCGCAGCAGCAGAACCGCCCGCACGAGCAGCAGCAGCAGCAGCAGCAGCAGCAGCAGCAGCACGGCAGCGACUUUCUCAAACUCUCCGCCCCACAGAGCGAAGCUGCCGGGGCUGCUUGAGCCGCAGCCGACAGACAAAACAGAACAGUAA